AAUGAAGAAGUGGUGGUAUUGGAGGGCAUCGGAAGUAUUGGCGCAACCAUUGUGUCCGUGAGAAGAGGCAAGAGUUCAGUCACUGUUACCAAUGCCUAUGGUUUGGGUGCCGGCGCUGUCCUCGAUAUCACUGCCGAGAGGAAUGGUAUCCAAAGACAAGUGGAUGAGAGCCAGAGAUUGAAACAAUUGACUCAACCUUUAUAUGACAAAUACGUGAAAUCAGUUGAGGAGAAGAAAUCGAGCGAAGAAGACAUUGUGGUUGUCAUCGAAGGCGGGAAAGCGGGGGAAGAGGUGAUCGCUACCAAAGAGGGUUAUCUCACGGCUAAAGGCGCCGUCGGAUUCAAAUUGGGAUCAAUUACCUCUAUAACAAAAAGCCAAUAAUUAUUUUAAUUAAUUAUUUAUUUAAUAGUUGAAUUUUUUAAUUACUUUUGUAAUUAUAAUGAC